GGUCUGACCUGGAUGGAUCCUCUGGCGAAGGGGCUAGCUACUACGCCGGAAAUCAACGGAAUAGUUACGAACGAGGACUAAUCGAAAGCAGGAGUUUUUUUGGGGGGGGGACUACAGAUAUUUCUGAUCGGUUACACGCUCCAACGCCGGACACUGGAAUGAGUGAUGACUUCUGUUGUGAUGUCAGAUGGUGGGGGGAACAUGGUGGAGUAUGUCACAGUGAUGGAGGAACCCCAGCAGAGUGACCAGCACCCAGCUGAGGAGGAGGAACUGGUGCAGCAUGAGAUAGAGACGGUGCUUAUUGAGCAGGAGGAGGGGAGUGAGGUGAUGCUGCAGGAGGAGGAAUGCCCGGCGGUGAUUGUUGAAGAGGUGCCCAGCGCCCAGGUGGAGCAGUGCUAUGCCGCCCAGGUGUUGGUGUAUGAUGACGAGACAUACCUGAUGCAGGACGUGGCCGAGGAGCAGGAGGUGGUCACUGAGGUGGUGGAGACAGUGGAGAUGUCAGGCCACGACAUGGUGUGUUUUGAUAAAACUUUUGAGGCGGCAGAGGCUCUUCUGCACAUGGAGUCCCCUGGUACCCUCCAUAAUGAGCGCAACACAGUGGAGGAUGUGAUGAUGGAGACGGUGGUGGAGGUGUCCACAGAGUGUGGGCCCAUUGAGGAAGAUUCUUUCCCCAUCCCCUCUGAAUGUGAAACUGCGGCGAAGAGGAAGAGAGGUGGCGGAAGAAAACCCAGGACGAACCAGCCAGCAUCCAACGGCUCUUUUGACUUGGGGAUAAAAAAAAGGCCAAGGGAGGGCAAAGGCAACACCACCUACCUGUGGGAGUUCCUCCUCGAGCUGCUGCAGGAUAAGAACACCUGUCCCCGGUACAUCAAGUGGAUGCAGAGGGAGAAGGGUAUCUUCAAACUGGUGGACUCCAAGGCUGUGUCCAAGCUGUGGGGCAAGCACAAAAACAAGCCCGACAUGAACUAUGAAACCAUGGGACGAGCGCUCAGGUAUUACUAUCAGCGGGGCAUCCUGGCCAAGGUGGAGGGCCAACGGCUUGCCUAUCAGUUCAAAGACAUGCCCAAGAAUAUUCGCGUGAUUGACGACGAUGAGGAGGGGGAGGAAUUAGAGGAGGGCGAUGGUGUAGUGACAGUCAACCACCCUGGUCUCCAGCAAGGUCUUCAUAACCUGGGCGUUGACUCCAGCACAGCAAGCCAAACCCAGCAGAGCUAUGUCACAGUCAUCCCAACCAACCCCACCACCAGGACCAUCCGUGCCAUGCCCAUGGUCAUGACUAAUUCACUGGGGCAGGUGACGUUAAACUCUUCCCCCAUAUUCACUACCACCUCCGGAGUUCCUGUUACGGUAGCCAACUCCACUGCCAGUGGCCCACCCAAACUGGUCAUCCAGGCCCUCCCCACUAUGCUGCCCGCUGGCUCCAAGACGGGUGAAAAGAUCACCAUCAUCACCAUCCCAGCCAACCAGCUAGCCACGCUAAUGCAGGCUAACCCAUCUGGCCAGCUAACACAGCUUAUCCAGGCUAAACCAGUCACCACACAGCUCGCUCAAACUAGUGGUAAACCAGCUACUGCGGCCACUACAGUCCAGUUAACCACAGGCAGGCCAGCACCCCAGCUCAUCCUGGCCAAACCAGCUGCGGUUGCCCAGUCACUCCCACAACUAUCAGUCCAGGUCAGUGGAUGCCAAGGCAGCCAGUCACACUCGGCUCCAUCUCUAGUUGUAAAACCAGUCAAAACAACCGUUCAACCCCCUGUCCCUGCAACCCCAGCUGUAGAGACCAUCCAAACUUCCCCUCUGUCUUCAGGCAGUCAGUCUGAAGCAUCACAGAUAUCGGAGCCUGCCGCAACAGGACCCAGACUGCCAGAGGCACCAGCCUCUCAUCAAUCCCAGUCAACAGCCACUGCAGAGGCCUCAGAGUCCAAUUUUUCUUCGUCCACCUCCACUGAGGAGCCAGACAGUUCAGCAUCCUGAGAGGUCAACACUAAGGCUGUGGGGAGUAAUAGAGGAAACUGUCUCUUGACACUUUUAACUGGAGUGUAUGCUCUAUACGUACCCCUUCUUAGUUUAGAAAGGCAGCAGUGAGAAGCAGAGUUUUCCUCUGAUCAGCGGGGUCCAGACCCAUUAACUCAUGGUUGCCCUGAAGUUGCUCUCCAAAGAGGGGUCGGCUCUAGUUCUGGAACUGUUGACCCUUUUGGGUAAAGCCCCAAAAAAGGGAAAAAGGGACUCAUGCACUCUAACUAAAUGCUUCAGAGCUCAUAUUAUCCAAAACAGUUGAGCAGCCUUAGAGUGUAAAUUAAAAUAUCCUUUUUGUAAUCAAUAAACAUAAUACAGAAAAAAAGCCUGACAAGACUUUGUAAAGGAAAAGUUCAUGGGGAAAAAAACUUUUUGAUACUCAGCAGGUAUGUACCAAUGCAACAUACAUGUAGUUAUGAUUCAUUACUUUGUUUUCUGCUUUGUUUUGCCAAUAUUUGGGGUUUGUCUGAGGUUAUUCAGUGCAUCUUGGCACUCAUUUUCACAACAUUUUUCCUUGUCUUCAUUUUUUUUUUUACCAUUCAUAAAAGGGAGCAAAAGGACCUCUUAAGAAAAACGAGCUAGAUGCUGUGCUCCCCAUUUGAAGUAUACUAUGCUUUUUUCAUUGUACUAUCAUUGUAAUGAAGUAGAUUUUACAGAAAUAUGUAUUAUAAAGAAAAAAUGAAUUAAAAACUGCUUGUCGAAGCCCAUGGUGACUUUGUCCACAAACAUAAGAUUUUUCAGUUGACUUAACUAUCUGCCUG